UACCUAUUAACCUAUUCUACUUCUAGAUGACAUGAUUACCAAAAGUAAACAUAAAAUAAAUGCAAUAACGUUAUUCCUUAAUUUUAAUUGUGAAAAUAAAAGGACAAAUUUUUGAAAAUGUUCAUUAGUGUGACCAUCUGAUAAUGAGCCUACUAAGUAUGCAAAUGCAAAAAAAUUUUUAAAUGACGUACACAAUGAAUUUUAACAAACAAAAAGAGGAGGAUUUAACAGAAGCAUUCAAAAUUAUAGACAAAACCAAUAUCAAACAAGUUUGUUAUACCAACCAAUAUGGCCUCGAUAUAAUAUGUAUUGACUUAUUGAGCAAUGAUUUAGCGAAUGAACUAUUCAAACAACUGAAAAACUCAGUAGAAUAUUACGAUGGAGAAUUGACUAAGGUUAGGGUGUUCGGCAAAUGGCAUCAAAUUCCAAGACAGCAAUCUGCUUACGGCGAUUCUGGCUUGCAUUACAAAUUUUCUGAUGUAUGCUUACCAGCUAAAGAAUGGAUUCCACCUUUAUUAGCGACUAAAAAUCUGCUAUCCUCAAUUACUGGUUACGAUUAUAAUUUUGUCCUGAUAAAUAAGUAUAGAAAUGGAUCAGACCACAUGGGUGAACAUAGAGAUGACGAAGCAGAAUUAGAUCCCAAUACACCGAUUGCUUCGUUAACAUUGGGUCAGCGUAGACCAUUUAUCUUCAAACACGUAGAUUCUAGAAAAAAAUGCGGGGAUAAGAAAAUAGAAAAACACAAAAUAUAUUUAGAACAUGGAAGUUUAUUACUGAUGAAUCCACCAACAAACAAAUAUUGGUACCAUUCUUUACCUGUAUGUAAAAAGGCUCCAGGAGAACGAAUAAAUCUUACAUUCAGAAAAAUAACUAAAUAAGAAUCUCUAGAUGUUAUAAUUUUACUGCAUUCAUUUGCAAAAUCUACAAAUCAUGCUGAUUUUAAGCUAGUGUGUUGUGAUACAUACAUACAGGUAUACAAAAUUCAACUCAAAAUCUCCGCCUUUGAAUAAACAACUUUAAUACAUAUGGCCACUUUAUAGAUGAAAUGUGGAAAUAUAAAUUAUAGGAAAGACAUAUUCAAAGCUCUGAGAAAAAUCCCAGAAUAUCUCAAGUAGUGUUUAAGGUGAAUCAUGAGAAACUAUCAAACUCCAGUAGUGAAUUGUACACAUGGAACUAAGAAAAAUUUUAAUACAUUACCUGAUGUUUAUUUGUGUUAGUUAUAAUUCGAAUAAAGCAAAUCAAAUUUUCUA